AACGACCUCCAUUUGAAAUUAGGUGAUGCAGACGUGCCUCUCAAGCAGUUUAAACAAGAGAAGAAAGGAUUUCAGAAGGUAAUGCUACGUCUCUCCGACGAGCAAGGCUCACUGGUUCUGACAAAGGUCGACAGUGGCAAGACUGACCGCGACGGUAUCAACCCAGAUGACGUGAUCUUCAUCGAAGAUGUGAACAUCCUUUAUGUUAUCGUCGGUUCGGGUGCCUCAGAAAAGGAAAGGCACAAUUCUUGGGUAGAAGCGGAG